AUGUAUCUCUAUAACCUGACGCUGCAGAAGGCAACCGCCAUAUACCAUGCUGUUAACGGCAAUUUCUCUGGCACUAAACAACAGGAGAUCUGCGUCGGCCGUGGUCACAACCUGGAAAUUUUGCGGCCUGAUCCAAACACCGGCAAGGUUUACACACUGCUCAGCCACGAGGUGUUCGGCGUUAUCCGCUCUGUUAUGGCGUUUCGUCUGACCGGUGGAACGAAGGAUUAUAUUGUUCUUGGGACGGAUUCGGGCCGUAUCGUAAUUUUGGAAUACAAUCCGUCGAAGAACUGUUUCGAAAAGGUUCAUCAAGAGACAUUUGGCAAAAGCGGGUGCCGUCGCAUUGUUCCCGGUCAAUACCUCGCCAUCGAUCCGAAAGGCAGGGCGAUAAUGAUAGGAGCGUGCGAAAAGCAGAAGUUGGUGUACAUCAUGAACCGCGAUGCUGCUGCGCGACUGACCAUCAGCUCCCCGCUGGAGGCGCACAAGGGGCAGACGAUUUGCUUCUGCAUCGUCGGCGUCGACGUCGGCUUCGAAAAUCCAAUGUUCGCUUGUCUGGAGAUUGACUACGAAGAUGCGGAUAACGAUACUACCGGUGAAGCUGCCGUAAAGGCUUCGCAGACGCUUACGUUUUACGAGCUGGAUUUGGGACUGAACCACGUGGUCAGAAAGUACGCCGAACCAUUGGAAGAGUUGGGAAAUCACCUGAUAUCAGUUCCCGGCGGCUCAGACGGACCAAGUGGAGUCCUAAUUUGUUGCGAAAACUACAUAGUUUAUAAGAACUUGGGCGACCAGCCGGAUAUUCGUUGCCCGAUCCCCCGUCGCAGGAACGAUCUUGAUGAUGCCGACCGCGGAAUACUGAUUGUCUGCAGUGCCACUCACAAAACAAAGAGCAUGUUCUUUUUCCUUCUCCAAACUGAACAAGGCGACGUGUUUAAAGUGACGCUGGAAACUAUGGAAGACCUGGUUACUGAGAUCAAGAUCAAAUAUUUCGACACGAUUUCGGUAGCGAAUUCGAUCUGCGUCCUCAAGACGGGUUUUCUGUUCGUCGCGGCCGAAUUCGGAAACCACUACCUCUAUCAGAUCGCUAAGUUAGGCGACGACGACGACGAGCCAGAGUUUUCGUCGAAAAUUCCCCUCGAAGAGGGCGAUACAUUUUUCUUUGCGCCGCGACCGCUGCAAAACCUUGUGCUAGUGGACGAGUUGGAGUCGUUAUCGCCGAUCAUGAGCUGCCAGAUUGCCGAUCUGGCCAACGAAGACACGCCUCAGUUGUAUGUCGCCUGCGGCAGAGGUCCGAAGUCUUCUCUGAAAGUGCUCAGGCACGGCUUGGAGGUGUCCGAAAUGGCCGUCUCUGAACUCCCUGGCAAUCCUAACGCUGUCUGGACGGUAAAAAAGCAUAUCGACGACGAGUAUGACUCAUAUAUAGUCGUCAGUUUCGUCAACGCAACGUUGGUGCUCUCCAUUGGCGAAACCGUUGAGGAGGUGACGGAUUCAGGCUUUCUCGGAACCACGCCAACCAUCUCCUGCUCAUUGCUUGGCGACGAUGCGCUUCUGCAGAUUUACCCUGAUGGAAUCCGGCAUAUCCGAAGUGACCGCCGUGUUAACGAAUGGAAGUCACCCGUGAGGAAGAUCAUUCAGAAGUGUGCGGUGAAUCAGCGGCAGGUGGUCAUCGCGUUAACUGGUGGCGAGUUGGUCUACUUCGAAAUGGAUGCGACUGGUCAACUGAAUGAAUACACAGAGCGAAAAGAAAUGUCUGCCGAUGUCGUAUGCAUGGCAUUGGCACAGGUGGCGAGCGGAGAGUUGAGGGCGCGUUUCCUGGCUGUAGGGUUGGGCGAUAGGACGGUCCGCAUAAUAUCGCUCGACCCUUCUGACUGUCUGGCGCCUUUGAGCAUGCAAGCCUUGCCGGCUACGCCCGAGUCGUUGUGCAUCGCGGAUAUGGGUGGCGAGGACAUGCAGAUGACGUUGUUCCUGAACAUCGGCCUUGAGAAUGGUGUCCUACUCCGAACAGUGCUCGACCGCGUCACCGGGGAUCUGACUGACACCCGAACUCGCUAUCUCGGUACUCGAGCCGUACGAUUAUUCAAAGUGUCAAUGCAGGGUCGCAACGCGAUUUUGGCCAUGUCAAGUCGAACCUGGUUGUUAUAUUACUAUCAGAAUCGGUUUCAUUUGACUCCCUUGAGCUACGAGAUGCUCGAAUACGCGUCCGGCUUCGCAUCAGAGCAGUGUCCCGAAGGUAUCGUCGUCAUAUCAACGAACACUUUAAGGAUUUUGGCGCUCGAGAAACUAGGCACCAUCUUUAAUCAGGUGUCCUAUAGUUUACCGUUUACUCCAAGGAGGUCGAUCAUUCACCCGGAAACCGGUCACAUCAUUAUGAUCGAAACUGACCACAACGCAUUCUCUGAGAAAACGAAGAAUAAGCGAAAGCAGCAACUGGCUGAAGUAAUGGCGGGCGAAGACGAGAAGGAGUUGGCUGCUGAAAUGGCUAGCGCGUUUCUGAAUGAAAAUUUUCCAGAAGCUGCGUUUGGAUCACCUCGAGCCGGACCGAACAUGUGGGCUUCUCAAAUUCAGAUAAUUAAUCCGACUGAUGGCUCCGUGUUUCAGACGAUCCCUUUAGAACAGAACGAGGCUGCUUUAUGGUAUUACUUUUGUGUCGCU